AGAGAAGCUAACAGCAGAAGAAGAAAUGCGGAAGUGUCCAUGGCGUAAACAAGCGAGCCACCUAGCCGGUGUUAGGAAUGAAAUCCCAUAUUUGAAGUGUAAACGUGUGCAGGCUGUCUGCUUCCAUCAUGCCUUAUCUGGGUAGUGAGGACACGGUGAGGGAGCUGAGGAGAGCUCUGUCCAACCCUAACGUCCAGUCUGACCAGCUGCGCUACAGGAACACCGUCCUCAAAGUCAUCAGGGCAAUGUCACAGGGUGUGGAUGUAUCAGGCCUGUUCAGUGAGAUGGUGAAAGCAUGUGCCACAGUAGACAUCGUCCAGAAGAAACUGGUCUACGUCUUCCUGUGUUCCUAUGCCGCUUUAAACCCGGAUCUGUCUCUGCUCGUCAUCAACACGCUAAGAAAGGAUUGCCAGGAUCCAAACCCGAUGGUCCGCAGCCUGGCCCUGAGGAACAUGACCAAUCUCAGGUUACCCAGUCUGGUGGAGUAUGUGGAGCAGCCUCUGACGGCGGGACUGAGGGACAGAGCAGCUUGCGUACGACGAGUGGCUGUACUCGGCUGGGCCAAGCUACACAAUCUCCAACCUAACUCUGAGAUUGACGCUGCAGUGGUGAAUGAGCUGUACAGCCUGCUGAGGGACCCAGACCCCGUGGUGAUGGUGAACUGCCUCCGAGCUCUGGAGGAGAUCCUGAAGGAAGAGGGAGGAGUCGUUAUUAACAAACUUAUCACCCAUCACCUCCUCAACAGGCUGAAGGAGACUGAUGUCUGGGGUCAGUGUGAGGUGCUGAGGAUCCUCCAGCGCUACCGGCCUCAGUCAGAGGACGAGCUCUUUGACAUCCUGUCCCUGCUGGAUGCCUCUCUGGUCAGCCCCCACCCCCUAGUCAUGGCUGCUACCCUUGGCCUCUUCCUCAGCCUCUGCUCUGGCCUGCCCGCUGUCAGUGUGGCGGCCCUGGAGCGAGUACGUGGCCCACUGCUGGCUGCCUGUGGUAGCGUGUCCAGAGAGAUGAGGUUCACUGCCCUCUGCCACAUACAGUUGCUGCUACGUUCUCUCCCCGGCCUGAUGAGUGAACACUACAAACGAUUCUUCUGUGGCUAUGCUGAGCCAGCCUACAUCAAGCAAAGGAAGAUGCAGGUGUUGGUGGAGCUGGUGAACGAUGAGAAUGUAGCAAUGAUACUGGACGAGCUGAAAGGAUACUGCACUGAUGUCAACACUGAUACUGCCCAGGCUGCAAUCUCAGCCAUAGGUCGUAUUGGACGGAGCCACAGUGACAGCUGUCUGGAGAUCCUUACUGGACUGCUUGCGCUGAAACAGGAGCACAUCACCUCUGCUGUGGUGCAGACAAUGCGUGACCUGGUCUGGGUGUGUCCUCAGUGUAGCAACACUGUAUGCUUGGCUCUGGAGGGCUGCGAGGAAACACUGCAGGAUAGCCAGGGCAAGCAGGCAUUGCUGUGGUUGCUGGGCGUGUAUGGGGAGCAAAUCUCCGGUGCCCCCUACAUGUUGGAGGUGUUCAUUGAUGGAGUGAGGAGUGAGAACUCUCUUGGAGUCAAGAUGGAGCUGCUGACAACCACCAUGAGGCUGUUUUUGUGUCGGCCUGCUGAGACACAAGACAUGCUUGGAAGACUGCUGCACUAUUGCAUAGAGGAGGAGACAGACAUGUGCGUACGUGACCAGGCGCUUUUCUACUACCGCCUCUUACAUUGUGGGAUAGAAGAGACACAAAAAGUCCUCCAGGGUCGGAGGUCAGACCCUUCUCUGGGGGUUCUGAUUGGCCGCCCUGCGGAGCCCAUGAGUGCAUGGGCAUGCAGCUUUAACACUCUGGAGCCUCUGAGGCAGGGCCCUGUAGGGACAGAGUCAGCCAGCAGAGGAAGCCCUGAACAUGUGACUUUUGACCCCAAGCCUAACACUGACCUCUCAGACACACUUGACUGUCGCCAAGUAGAGAAGCUUCAUUCAGGCUCAGGCAGUGCCAGUCCUCACGCAGACUCAUCUGCUGAUUUGUCAGCGUCCGGCGUCGUGGUCCCCCUCAGUUUGUCCCUCUCCCCAGCUCUAAGUCCAGAGGAGUUUGAGUGCCUGUGGCUGCAGCGACAUUCUUUGCAUGCUGAGCGAGGUGCUGAGAAAGUGGAGGACGAUUAUGUGUUCUUGGAAGAACAGGUUCAGGGCACUGCAAUAACUCACUGUUCACCACAAAGUCUUCAGGCUGCAUUGCAGCUAGUCAAUAUCCAGAUGCUGGCAUUCACACCCCCACACACACUCCCAUGGCGGGUCUACCUAUACACACAUACCAAACAUGCAUACUCUGACAACACACCCCAUAGAACACUAAUACUAGUGGAGUUGCUGUACACAGGAGAGGCAAAAAAUAAAGGCAUAUGUGACAGAGAGGCGGUGAGGGAGGCCAGGGAGGAGGAGCAGGUGAAAGGGGGAGAGGAAGACAAUGCAGACAGGCUGAGCAGGAGAGAGGAGGAAGUAAAGGUGACUCUUAAGCAGCAGCCAAGAGAUGACAAAGCCCUGAAGGGGUUUCUCUCCAUCCUUACCACUGUACUGCACACACUGUCUUCAGAGACAAGUUAAAUACACAUCACACACCCACACACACGCCCCACAUAGAACAUAUACAGAGAGAAGGCGUGCAAGUGAGUGAUAAAAGCUGUAUCAGCUGUAAUAACUGAUGUGAGAGUGGACUGUACUGGAGGGUCUUCACAAUCUGUGUUUUUACAGUUGCCUUAUCGUAACUCAGAAUAAAUACCAUAUUUGAAAGAUUUUUGUGUACAUUGAAGGCUGUCAUUAUAAAAGUAAAAUGCAAACCCAAACACAUGAACUGACUUAAAAUAAUAAAAUGAAACAUUUGGUUUUCUCCUGUACUGUUA